AUGUCUUUGAGUCUUUCUUCCGGCCCUGUCAAACUCGACACCAGUGGCAAUGGCGACGGGUUGCAGCAUUACGAUCAAGUUUGUGCCAUUUCUCAAGCUGCCAUCAACAGAGGCUUUGUAAAGCUUUUCGAAAAGCAGCCGCUUGCAGCACGAUCAAUUCACUGGAGCAAUGAAGAUGUUUUUGAUGGACAGUUGGUGGCUACAAUGCUGCCCCCUCAAAUAGAGCUUGAUGUAGAAUCUGGCGAUAGCUCCAAGUUUAUGCUCCAACUUCGCUUUGAUCAGGGGAGAAUUUUUCUUGGCCAAAAUACCUAUCAGACUAUUGAUGGCUGGGUGAUUGCUUUCACGCCACUUUCUUUCGCAGAUUGUCUAAAUGCAACAAUCGGAGAUCUUACUGCGGCGGCAAAUGUGGAAGACACGGAAGAGAAUGUGGUCUUUAGAUCCGACAAGCCAACAAAGCUAUGUCCUGGAGAAUACUCAAUCCAUCGCUUAUUUGCUGCUAUUGCUGAUCUCCCAUGGGGCAGCAUCAUAUGGGAGCGUUCAUACAUGAUGCAACCGAGUAGACAGAAAGUCUCUCUCGAGCAGUGGGCUAAAGACCCCGCAAAUAACGCUCUUUACAACGAGGUCCAGCAAUGCUUGAGAGAAUGGACCCUGGAGAACAAACUUGCCUCUUGUUUUACACAAGGAAUGCUGUUGAAGGUGCCGAAAGCAAAAGUUAGUAGUGGGAAGGUGACGUUCGCUGCCAGGACGCUGCGAAUGCAAAACUACCCUUACAUAGAUGAAGAGAGACAGAUACAAUUGUCAAGCAGUAGGCAAGUUAUGAAGGGUGUAAAUGGAAGCCCUUAUAAUUGUCUCUGCUUUUGUGAAGUGGUGGGAAGCAGAGUCGACCUUCCCACAACCAAAUUCCUACCAUUUACUGGAAACUUAGCAGGGCCUAGUAAAGGUACAAGUAGUGAGUAUCUGGGAACUUUUAUACUCGACCGCCGCCUUGUUUCCGGAGCUUUCCAGCUGUUAUCGCCACUACAAGAUCUUUGUCUUGCAAUGCAGACAAUACCAUUCGGAUCUGAGGCAAGAAUUGGUGGAAAUUAUCUAACUUCUGGCCGACGACUUCGCGUGGUUGGUAACUCGGCAGAUUUGACGGCUGGUAAACCGUAUCGUUGGGAAGAAGUAAAAGAUAAUACGGGGGCGAGUACCCGUAUAUUAGCGGGUAUUGCAGGAAGAAAGACUAGAACAACAUCUACGGCGAAGAUAACAAUAGAAGCCGGGCCACAAAUGACCGCUUUAAGGGUAAGUGGCGAAUAUGGCUAUACCUGUCGGAGAGAAUACUCGAGCCUUAUUAUUAGCGAUAUCGCUUCCUGGACGUUCACUAUUGGUGUCAGCGGCUCUCAGGAUGUGGUGGGUAAUCUCGCAGUCUUAAACAACCCUAAAGCUAUUUUGGAGGGAUGCAAGAUAGAGAAAGACCCAUACACUGGACUUGAUAUAAUCAUACCCAAUGACUUCUCUACGAAUCUUACUGGAACCACAUCAGAUCCAAAUUGGGUUCUGAUACGGUCAGCGAUGAAGGUCAACAUUGGCAGAGCUUUAUCCAAACUGGCUAGCGAUUUGAAGCUUUUUCAGGGAAUCAAUAAGCUCACGUAUGGAGGAAACGGCGAAUUCACAUUCGGACCCACCAUGCUCAACGAAGAUCUGAGUGCAUUUGCAACUAUCAACUUCUCCCCAAAAGAAAGUCGAGUUGAUUGGCCUUCCUUGGAAACAAAGGGCGCUGGAGACAAUAUUGUCAUAGAAACUUAUACCACCGACACCUCCGUGACAACCCUGCACCCGCGUCUAAAUUGGACAUCUCUUGUUAAUGCAUAUGACUCCGCCGCGCAAACCAUCGAUCUAACAUUGACUGCUUCAAACAGCUCUAAUAAUGGAAUAGCUUUUAAGUCUAUGAACCUCGUCUGCCUCAAAAUGAAAGGAUUAGACGGCAAAAGCUUGUUUAACACGGGACUGGAGCAUUGGAACGUGAAGGACUCCAGCGGUCAGUCUGUCAAGCCUUGGUCAAUUACGACUGAAAAGAUGGCCCAAACUCUCGACUUGAAGGCAAGCAUUGUCAAUGCUGGGCUCCAAUUAAACAUUUUUCCUACUGUCCUCGAUACUGCACACGAUGGCACGGGCUUGCCAUCCAAGUUUAUAGUGCCUUCAAAUGGCUCUUUCACGUUGAAACUGAAGGGGCCAGUUCAUACAAAAUCGAAUGCCGGCCUUUAUGUCGUGCAACUAGAUGAAGUUUGGACAGGUAUUAGGGCAAUCAAACCACUGCAAGGACGCGCGACUACGUUUUUGGUGUUGGAAUUGAAAGCGAACAGCCAAAAUCCAACUCCCUAUACUGUUAAUCAAGCAGAGGCUGAUGAGAAACGAGGAGUCUCACACGCUUGA